AUGGGAUGGCCCUCCCUGCAACGCCGAGCACCCGCCAUCCCCAGCCUGACCUUGCAGAAACCGCAGCAGAUCACGGUAGAAGAAUGGGAGAACAAGGCGCCGUUGGAUGAGCGCGAAAGGAGGAGCGUCGCGCGGCUGAAGGAGAUCUGCGAGAAUAGGCCAUUUCCUGCAAAGUUCGCUUCUGAGACUGCUGUUAGUACGCGUCCUGGCACGCCGAGCCGCCAAUCCCCCUAUCCUGCCGGUUCACCCCACACCCCGGCCGGUGCACCCACCUCCCGCUUACAUCCCUCCGCCUAUCCUCCCUUUACGACCGCUGUAGCAUUGAACGACUACCUCGACGUGAUCAACGCGUCAAUCGAGCAUGAACAGGAGGCGCAUUAUCGAUCUUUCCUGCAUGAACUCGACGAGUAUAUCGAUACUUGCAAUGCUAUCAACGAGCGACUAGACAGCGUCGAGCAUGACGUGCAGAGCAUGCUGGAGAGUUGGAGGUCUGUUGAGUCUGGGUCUACUCGGAUCCAAGGUGCGAGUGAGCAGAUGCUGGAAGAGAGGGACCGCCUUGUUGCUAUAAGUGAAGAGCUGUCUUUCCGCUUAGAAUAUUUCCAGCAACUGGAAGAGGCAACAAGGAUGUUGAAUCAUCCUGGCGAGUCGUUGGUCCUCCAGACGGAGUUCCUCCAUAUGAUCGAGCGCGUCGACGUCUGCUUCGACUAUCUGACUACACAUAGACACUUCAAAGAGGCAGAGCUGUAUUUGCUUCGUUUCCAGCAAUGCAUGACCCGGGCCAUGACACUCAUCAAGAUGUAUUUUGUGGGUAUGCUCAAAGCCCUGCAGACCGACGUACAGACCCGCUUGGCAAACAAAGACAUAUCCGAUAUUGCACAACAUCACUUGCUAUAUUCUCGAUUCCAGUCCGUUUCUGCGCAGGUCGUACCCUUGUUGCGAGAACUGGAACGACAUGCCGCCUUGCAUCCUGAAGACGUGUCGUCGUUGCUGACUGAAUGCCACACCGCUUAUUUUACCGUAAGGCGUGGCCUGUUAGUCGGCCGGAUCAUCGAGGAGAUCAAAAUCCUUGACCCGGAGAGAAGUGAACUUGUUGAGCUGACACGUGCUGGGUGCAGCUAUCUCAAACUGGUCUGUACGAAUGAAUUUGACUUGUUCAGACUGUUCUUCACAUCCGGAGAAGAUGCUAUCUAUCGUUAUCUAGAAGGCCUUUGUGAUUAUCUCUACGAUGAUCUUCGUCCCCGAAUUUUGCACGAGCCUCGCCUGCUCACCCUUUGCAGCGUUUGUACUGUCAUACAAGCAUUAAUGGUCAUGGAUGUGGAAGUGCCUCCAACGGGAGCGAGCAUUGAGAUGCAUACCGAGCCACCUGCUGAGGACCCUCUAGCCCGAUUGCAAGUCUCACAUCUGCUCCAGAUGGUGCUACAAGACGCACAGACGAGACUCCUCUUCAAGGCGCAAUCCGUUCUGCAGAGUGAUAUUGGAUAUUAUGCUCCCAAGCCAGGUGAUUUAGAAUAUCCGGGAAAGCUUCAAAACGUCCAAAACCCCGAAAAGGAACAGUCGCAGUCCAUUGUUCCACAAACGGAGCAAGAUUCUGAUGCCCUCUUCCGAUUGCCCUCGCAAGCGGUACAGGACACGUGGUAUCCGACCCUGAGCAAGACCAUCUGGAUCUUAGCUCUGCUGCACGAUUUUGUCAAGCCGGCUAUAUUCCAGGAUAUCGCACAAGAAGCAAUAGGCCUGUGUCGACAUUCACUCUCAGCAGCUUCAGAUCUUAUUGCGGGACAAAGCGAAGCUGGUCAGCUUGACGCCCUCCUUUUCUUCGUUCAACAUCUUUUGGUUCUAAAGGAGGUUGUUGCUAGUCUCGAGCUCGAUUAUGUGCGCACAGAGCGUGGCAUUUGGGUGGAUGGUGUGACAGAAACACUGGGAACUCUUUUACGAAGCACUUCGUCUUUGCUGCGUCCGACGGCGAUAUUCAGCAGGCGUGCGCAGAGCAACAUUGUGAUGUCAGAUGCCGCGGAUCCGAAGAUCGCCAUCGAUAGUGAUCUCAAGCGAGUAUGUGAAGAUAUCAUUUCGAUCUGCACAGACGAAGCAAUUGCUCCGAUACGAGCGUUCCGAGAGCGUCUUGCCAAUCACACCCGCACAAAAGCUGGUACAGCCUCAGCUGCUCAGCAGGAAUGGGGCAAACCAGCCGCUCUGCUCGAAAUCGAUGCCAAGUUCAAAGAAGACUGUUCCUCCGUCAUCAGGAAAUGGAUUGAUCACCUGGAGCUGUAUCUUCAGGAUCCAGCUACUGUGGCUGUUCUCGUUCCUCCUAUGCAGGCACGGAUCGUUGAGGAGUACCGAGUCUGGCGAGAUCUUGUGCGGGAUGAAUACGAAUGGGGCACCGCGGACAAGCUUAUGAGAGAGCCACAGGUUUGGGAUUUCGUCCGGGAAGCAACGGGAGAGCCGUACGGACGUCCUGCUUAG